UCCCGCACACAGGAAGGGGAGAGAGCUGUUAGCUAGCAGCAGGCAGCACGCAACUGUAAACAACUCACUUUUAUAAACCUCACCUAUUAAACUUACCUUACGCUGACUUGCUUAUCCACUUGCAUGGCAUUUAAAGGCUGCUUUAAAAGGCGUGCUUUGCAUUAGAUUCGUAGACUGUUGAGUUAUUACCGCAGGUUUGCGUUAUUUACAGGGCAGGAUACAAGCAGCUAGAGAAGCGCGCUCCAGACUGCACAGCUAAAGCUUCUGUCAACACGAAUCGCUUUGAUUUCCUUAAAAUGACUCUAUUUCUGCUUUAACAAGUAAUAAACACGGUAGAAAUGUCAGGUUGUGUUUUACGGAGGGAAAUAUGAUCAAUUUUACUGGAGGUUAUGUUAUUAAAUGUUUUACUAGCUUAUCGAAGGUUUGUUUUCUCAGUUAGCAUAUAAGCUAAAGCUACCUUUCUGACAUCAUCGUACAAAACAGCUUGUAACUCCCGAAAUUUAGUUUGUGUAUUCAUACGUGACGCUAGAAAAAAUGUGCUCUGCAUGUUUAAGACAUAUUCUCCGAUAACUCAAUUUAUGCCAGGUUGACAGGCUAUGGGACUGUAGCAAGGUAACGUUAGGUUUGACUGGCUUAACAAAAAUAGUGUAGCUAUGUCAAUUACAGUAUUACGAAGUUAAAAUGCUUACAAAAGGUCUCAGAGUGUCUAUAAAUAAGUGUUUGCGUCAGUUGGACUGGUGCUAUGGAAUUUCCACGAAGGAUCAUUACAAUGCAGAUGAAGGUGCAGACCAUAAAAACUGAUGGAAACCAACAACAGCUGAGAUGAAUUAACCAGAAAUCAAAUGAGAGCCUUCAGUCAUGGGUGAUAUGAAGACCCCUGAUUUUGAUGAUCUUUUGGCUGCCUUUGACAUCCCUGAUGCAACCAGUCUGGAUGCCAAAGAGGCCAUUCAUGGGAAUCAGGAUGAGGGAGAGGGACACCUUAAGCACUCAGAGAUGUGUAUGGAUACUACAGUUUCAAUUCCUCAUCCAGUGCCCUCAGCCGAUGCUCCUGUUGUCAGUGUUAUAGUGAAGAACACCAGCCGCCAGAAUUCUUAUGAAAACCUUGUGGAGAAGGAGAGCCCUCAUUUGGGGCACCUUUUACAAAAUGGCUUCAAAAGUUCUGUGUGUUCACUGGAGACGCAUCCCUCCAGCUAUUCAAGGUUGGAUAGCUCUUCUGUCAAUGGAGAAAGCUUAAAUCAUUCCUUGGAAAAGAUUCCUGUCCCUUACAAGCCUGAAAAAGGUCCCACUUUGUCAGAAUCUGUGCCUCAGUUUAGUCCUAUUUCUAGCCCAGAAUCUGAAGAUAUUCAGAGCAAUGGAAUCGACGACUGUCCAAAAUCUGUCGAGACUUCAUACUUCUCAUCUGAUUCACUUUUUACAUCAUCGACAGUUCCUGUUUUAGACUAUCUUGAAAAAGCAGAUGUACCCAGCUCCACAUGCAAUGACAGUCACUGCAGUUCAAAAGAUGUGGAUGAUCUUGAGUCUGAUAGUUCAUCUUUCAAAGAUGACCUGGUUGGCAAAAAUGAUGAUUCUGCAAUUAAGAGUGACUGCAGCCAAGACUAUAGAACAAAUACACAUCCAACCCUAGAGACAAAUUCCCCUUCCCGUCCAUGCGUCAAAGCUCAUACAUCCAGAUUAUCCUCUUGUAUUGAUGCUUUGGCAGCCCUAAAUCCUAAAAAAGAUUCAGGUGCGCAUAUUAAUUCAAAGGACAUUCCAAUUACCCCUAAAGAGACAGUGAAAAUUAGUCCAAAAAUACCCAUAUCCCCAAGGAGUCCAAAAAGUCCUCUGGAGGUGGUGAAACGCUUCACAAAGCAGCCUGACAGCCCAAUGAGUAUUUGCAGUGACAGCAGUGGUAAAGCAUCUCCAGCUGUCACUACUGGCUCGCCUCCAGCCAUCCCACGAGUCAGAAUAAAGACAAUCAAAACCUCAUCUGGAGAAAUCAAACGCACCGUCACAAGCAUAUUGCCAGACUCAGAAACCGAAGAUCUGACGUCACCCUUUGGGUCAUCACCAUCUCAGUCCUCAGUUGAAGAGGCCUUCUCGAAAACAUUGCCGCCGAAUCGUUCAAAUGAUAUUAUUUCAGAGGUCAUUUUUGAAGAUAGAAGUCAGGAGGCUUCAAAGAUGGCUUUAUCAGGCAGCAAAAAAUCAGUAAGGAGCUCAAAGUCACCUCAAAUCCAAAAUAAUGGUCAUGCUUUAAAGACAACAGAAGGUGGGACCCACCAAAGGAAGGCCUCUUCUGCUCAGAUUGGUUCUUCUGCUAACACAAACUACCUUCCGAAGGCAUUACACCUAGCAAACCUAAAUCUAGUCCCACAUAGCGUGGCUGCUUCGGUUACAGCAAGAUCUUCCACAAACAGACAGGAGCCCUCUCAGUUAUCAUCGUCAAUGGUGUGUAGUUCCGUACCAUUGGUGCAUCAAGUUAAAAAAGUCUCCCCAAACACACGAGCUGUUGUUCCAAAUACUGCAGCUGGAACCUUAAACAGACUGUUGAAUUAUUCAAAUCCAGUGCCAACAUAUGUUCCCAACCUUAGUCCACCACCAGGCACCAACAUCAAGCUCCCAACACAAGGUUAUUGCUGCCUAGAGUGCGGAGACUCAUUUGGGCUGGAAAAGAGUCUUACUUACCAUUACAGUCGCAGGAGUGUGCAUAUUGAAGUCGCAUGCACCCACUGCUCCAAAACUUUGGUGUUUUUUAACAGAUGUGCCCUCCUGGCACAUGCUCGAGAUCACAAGAACAAAGGAAUGGUGAUGCAGUGCACUCAGUUGUUUAUGAAGCCCAUCGCUGUUGACCAGAUGUUGGUGCCCACCAAGACUAGUCUGCAGUCUGCAAUUCAGAUACCUUGUGGGACCACCACCACAGAGACGUCCAAAGGCCAAGUGGUCUUGCCACUUUAUCCUGACAAUGUCAUUAGAAAUGGAUCUAAAUGUCUGGAGUGUAAUAAACAAAUAUCAGACUAUACAGCACUUGCAGGACACUAUCAAAAAUCGUCAGAAGAUGAAGGACUGAUCUGCAAGGUUUGCUCAAUGCUGCUACCCAACAAGUGCAGCUACAGGGCCCAUCAGCGCAUUCAUACACACAAAUCCCCUUAUUGCUGUCCUGAAUGUGGAGCACUCAGUCGCUCAGUGGACAUCCAGAAGCAUGUGAAGGAGAAUUGUCUUCACUAUACCCGUAAAAUUGGGUACUCGUGUCUUCAUUGUGAAAUGCUUUUCAUGUCACUGUCCCACUUGAAGAGUCACAUUGAGGAGAAGCAUUGUGAGGUCUUUUAUAAGUGCACAACCUGUCCUGUAGCCUUCAAAUCUUAUGAUGGCUGUCUGAUGCAUGUAAAAAACAAGCAUGGUGGCAGCGAACCCAACCAUCAGGUGAUCUACAAAUGCUCGUGUGAAACGGUCUUUAAACGGAAGCAGUUGUUGUACCAACAUUUUCAUCAUCGCAUUUGUGUCUUCAAGUGUCCCGAGUGCACUUCUCUCUUCCCAGAGAAACUGCCUUUGGUGCAACAUUUCAAGACUAUUCAUGGUGGCGUUUUCAGAGGUGAAGCAGAAAAAAGCUCAAAAGAGACAGACACGUCAUCGCCAGAAAACCUCCAACCAAGUUUAACCAAAGCUGGUAAUGGGGCCUAUGUGAAGGAAAUGGAGAACUCCACUGCACGAAAGUCCAGUGCUGAAGCUGGCAUGAAGAAUACCGGUUGGACCUGUGGAGUUUGUCUCCUCUGGGUCCCUGACAGAGAGACUUAUGUCAGUCACAUGAAGACCAGCCAUGGAAAGUCUUUAAAGAGGCAACCAUGUCGAUUAUGUGAAAGGUCUUUCAAUUCACCUAUGAGUCUUAAAAGACACAUUCGUAAUGACCACAAUGGGAAAAAGAAAGUUUAUACAUGCUGGUACUGCACAAAUGAGAGGAUAUCCUUCACAGAACACUCUUUGCUAAAGAAUCACAUCAGUUUGAUGCAUGGAGUCAAGAAUCCAGAUUUCAGCCAGAUGGCAAAGCUAGAAUCUCAGGAAGUGGGCAAAAUCAGAAGCGAGAGGCCAAAAAAGAGAAGAGCAGAACACCUAGAUGGAGUGAAAGGAAAUGGAGAAACAUCACACAACGGCCCAUCUAAGCGAGCUAAGUCACUUUAUCGAUGCGCCAAAUGUGGCUUUACCGCUGAAGCCCAGUCCCAGUUUCAGGAGCACAUACCUCAACACAAAAGUGACAGCAACACACCCCAGUGCCAGCACUGUGGCCUUUGUUUCACAUCUCAGCUAGCACUCAGCAGACACCUCUUCAUUGUACAUAAGGUCAAAGAACCAGAAGAGCAUGAAGACUUUAAAGAUGGAAAAAAACGAGAGAACUCUACAGAGUUGAGCGAUAAAACUGUACCUCUUUUGCGAAAUAAAACUGGCCUGUCCACAGCAGAGGAGCUAUUAGGACUCCACAAUGAGCUCACAGACACUGAUUACAACACACAGACAUCAGAAACCAGUGGACUAGAAGAUAAAAAGGCCUGAAAAAAGAAUCGACUCUUAUGGAAAGCUGCUAAUCAACUUAAUUGCAAGCAAAUGAUUACUGAUUAUGCAGCUGAUAAUUAUGGUACUGCAAACAUGUUGCCUUACAGUGAAAUUCUAUAUUAUCUCAUGUCAUAUAUCGCAUAUAUGAAAUAAUGUUUAAAACGCCGCAUUAUUUGGAUUAACUUAUCUGUUCAUGCAAUCAUUUUUUACUGCUUAUACCUGUACAUCCUAUAUAUGUGGAUAAUCAUAAUUUAUUAUUGUGUAAUGCAAAAGCAUCAUGUCAGUGUGUUAUAAUGUUUCUGUUCAAGUACCAUGUCAAAUCUGUCUUGGGUCCAUUACAAUCCAGAAAGUGUUAUGUAUGUUACACAUUGUAGCCAUAAGCGAAGCAAUUGUAAUAGGUCGACUGUUUUCAGGGUCACCAAAAAAAGAAUUGAGAACCAUGGAUGGUCAUUUUUUUGGUGGUGUUAAUGCUGGUUUUGAAGGAGAAAGGCAUGACUGAUGAUGUUUAUUUUAUAUUUAUUAGGUAGCGUGCUUGUAUCACGAAGCUAAACAUCUGUAACAGUAUUGCUACUUUGGAGAUUACAUUAUUCUGAAAGGUAUUCCCUUAAACCCAGGUAUCUGCACUCAGAGAAAGUAUAUUUUCAUAUUCAUUCCAUGUAGAAUUACUAGUUUCAAUUACGUUUAUAUUCAAUGAGCCAUUCUUACAAUCAAAUUUAGCACUUUUGUAAAUGCUUAAAUGGAAAAAAUGCAUAUUAAAGACAUCGAAGACUCAA